AUAUCUGACGUCAUAUAUGGAAUCCCUCGGAAAGAUUCCCGGCUGUGGCGUAGUGUAAGACUAACGAAUACGUAGUAAAGUAGAAGUCUACUUUCAAGAUCGCAGUUUGAAACAAAACUUUUAUACAAGGACACAAAUGUGGCGAUAUGGCCGGAGUUUUUGAUUUGGAGUUACACGACACCCCUGAAGGGGAGGAAGAGAUUUCUGAUGAUGAAUACUUCGAACCAGACGAUCAGGCAAGUCUAGCUACAAGAGGAGGUUUUGAUAUAAAUGCCGAUGGCAUGGAAACGCUGGAACUGACCGAAAACACGGUCAAUCCAGGUCAGCUGAAGGUCGGGCCCAAGAACUUUGAGCUACUCAAGGUUCUAGGAAAAGGAGGCUAUGGAAAGGUUUUUCAAGUCAGGAAAAUUUCAAGUAGUGAUACUGGCAAAAUAUUUGCGAUGAAAGUCCUUAAGAAGGCAACUAUUGCAAGAAAUGCCAAAGACACAGCACAUACCAAAGCAGAAAGGAACAUAUUAGAAGGAGUCAAGCAUCCUUUCAUUGUGGACCUCAUUUAUGCGUUUCAAACGGGAGGAAAGCUGUACCUAAUUUUAGAGUACCUACCCGGCGGAGAACUCUUCAUGCAGCUGGAACGGGAAGGCAUUUUCAUGGAGGACACUGCCUGUUUUUAUUUAUCAGAAAUCACACUAGCAAUAGAACAUCUCCACUCUCAGGGAAUCAUUUACAGGGAUCUGAAGCCAGAAAAUAUACUUCUAGACAAUUUAGGACAUGUAAAAUUGACGGACUUCGGUCUAUGUAAGGAGUCAAUCAAUGGCGGAGCUGUCACGCACACAUUCUGUGGGACCAUUGAGUACAUGGCUCCAGAGAUACUGACAAGGAGUGGCCAUGGGAAGGCUGUAGAUUGGUGGAGUCUGGGGGCACUCAUGUACGACAUGUUGACUGGGGCGCCUCCAUUUACAGCUGAAAAUAGAAAGAAAACAAUAGACAAGAUAUUAAAAGCCAAACUAAGUUUACCUCCAUACCUCACAAACGAAGCCAGAGGACUCAUCAAAAGGCUGUUGAAGAAGUCUCCUGCUGACCGACUCGGUGGAGGAUCCGAUGAUGCCAAACCACUUAAGCAUCAUGCAUUCUUCCGCCACAUUGAUUGGAAUGAGUUGAUUCAGAGGCAAGUUGAGCCGCCAUUUAAGCCGUCUGUGAUGAACGAGGAGGAUGUCAGUCAGUUUGACACCAAAUUCACAAGACAGACGCCAGUUGACUCUCCAGACGACACCGUCCUCAGUGAAAGUGCCAAUCAAGUGUUCCUGGGUUUCACGUAUGUAGCUCCAUCCGUUUUGGAGGAGCUCAACAAGCCGUGGAUAGCAGAAAAAGAGCCCCGUUCACCACGAAAGGUCGGGUCCAGCUGGACUGGUGGAAUGAGCCCUCACCAGGUGUCCCUAGUGGAAGGGUUCCGUGUGGCAUCGGAUGUGAAUGGAUUAGACGAUCUAGAAGACAUGGAUACCACAGCUCCAAUUGUCACAAAGAGGUCCACGUCUCCUGCCAUAGCAACCAAAAAUACUGCCUUCAAGCAAGUGGCAUUUCCAGGAAGUCAGAACCGACCACCCCAUCUACGAAUGAAUUAAUUAAGUUGCAAAUUGAGGAAUUUUGCUUAUUUUCUUCACCCUAAUGUAUUUAUAUGAUAGCAAAAUGAUUUUAAUUUACUGUUGAUAAAGACUGUUACCUACACAACAUCUGUGGAGGGGACGUGUGUUAUAUGUCCAUGUCGUAGUGUUGUCUACACUACAAUCAUGUGUCUACACCAGAUUUGUUAUCAUGUUAUUGGUUUGGACAUAGCCAGCAUCUUGUGAUUUUUAACAUUAUUCUGCAAAGAACUGCAUGAGUUGCGGUGAUUGGAGCCAUAACUGUGUGGAGUCGGUGAAGCUUCGUCUCAUGAGGAACUUAUAGCAUAGUGUGGAAAGAAUUAUAUGCACCAUGCCAGGCUCAAUCGCCACGUGUAAAGAAUGAAAGUACCUGUGAAUGUUAUUAACCCUUUCACCCCUAGGCUAUUUAAGUAGACUCGACCAUACAUUUAUCUGAAUGAGUCAAUUUUGGUCCACAGUGAUGGAAGGGUUAAUUUUAAAACAAUGUUGUGUGAGGGUGUUCAAAUCUGCCUCAUAUUUUUUCCGAUUCCAGUGCAUUUUAAAUUUGUCAGCAUUAAUUUAUGAUUGUACAGAAAUUAAACUUAAUCUUGGUUUAAUACAAUAUGUGUAAUGUUUUAACAUUUAAGUGUAAAGUACAGCUGACCAUUUUAUACUAUUCCACGGACCGUGUGAAUGAGACAUAAAACCACAGCCUUGGGAUUGAAAAAAGACAAUCUGAUGGAUAACAUACAAGUUGAACUAUUUUCAAUAUUCUACAUGAAAAUUCAGACACAUUUUAAUAUAUAUUGAAACAAGUCCAAGUUAUAAUAAUUUAUUGAAGGCUUGUCUUCUAACUUAUCAAAGACUUGUUUGGAUAAUGCUUUAGAUACAAUUUUCUGUCAAUAUUAAUUAGCGAUCUUUUCAUGAUCACAUUGUUCUCCAAGGAAUCAAAUAUCACUCGCAUGGUAUAUCAAUAAUUUUAGAUUUUUUCUGUGUCUCGUCAAAAUUGGACUCCGUCAGCAUGGGUACUUCCAAACAUUCAGCAAAUUGAACACUUGCAUUGCCAUCUCACAUGAAUCAUUAUUUUCCGAUUUUAUUUUCACAACCUGUAUAUAUAAUGCUGAUUAUGCUGAUUAUUUUGUUAAAAUAUGUGUGUGUAUAUAAAUAUAUAUAUAUAGUUAACAAAUAUUCAAACAGAAUUAUUGCAAUCUAGAAAAAUAUUUGAUUUUGAAAAUUGUUUAAAAUUUCAUGUGUAUGUGUACUGCAAGUUUGACAGACUUGCCAAAGAAAUUCCUUGAUGGAAGUUAAAUAGGGUUGUCCCUGAGGGGCAUGAUAUUUUAUUUUGAAAGUGUUGAUACAUGCAAGAGAUUGAAACAUUGACGUGACAACAGAGCGCCAGUAAUGUUACGAGAGCAAAGGAAAUAGAGAACUCGUUAUUUUAAGAAAGUGUGUUUGAUGUGCUAUUGUUUCUUGAAGUUUUUGUCUUUAAUGCUCAUCUGUAUGAAAUAGGAAGCGACCAUAUUACCUCCCCUAACUACUGAUCUUCACCAAUUAGUCUACAUUCGCGUAUUCCGGGUUGAAACGGUUCAAGUGGCGCAGAAAUAUUUCACGAUAAACGAAGGCACAUGGACCCAACUAUAGGCAGAGCUAAAAAAUGCAGAGUUUUGGAGAAUGAAUAACAAUAUAUCAAGAAUAUUAUGUCCUUCUUUCACGCGUCCACUAAAUUAUAUAGCAUAUCUUAAAAUCUGCAUCUGGUAUGACCUUGUUUUAUAAAGAAAUAACGCAAACUAGCAAUAGUCAACAAUUUAGUUUCGGUCAGGUACGUCUGGACCCCUCAAUCUACAUGUGCCAAAUAUUCCUGUGGUCAGCCUCAGUUCAGAUCUGCGCCUAUUGUUUUCUUUCCAGGUUCAACCAUUUCAACUGGUUGAACCGGAUAUGCGAAAGAGGCCUUAGUGUUGCUAUACUAUUGAACUGUUGACUGCUUUAAUCUAUAAAGUUCCAAACAGUUUGAUCAGUUGUUUGUGUAUGAAAUAGGGACAGACUUAGGAUCUCAUGUUGUUUUCUGGCAAGCCUUGGGAAACUCUUUCAACGCCUGCAUUAACAUUUGUUGGUUCGUGAGGCUUUAUCUCUGAAUUCUUAAAUUUGAAUAUAGAUAAACCGGUUUGUCCACAUAAACAAAUAGGCCCUAGAUGUCAUUUUUUUUUAUCAAAUGUCAUGAAAUUCAUUGCAUUGAACUCUGUCCUGUCAAAUUUUCAACCCAUUAGUUUAAAGGUAAAACAGUGGAAAUUUAACAGGGAAUCGCUUCAAGUUGGGUCAGUCCAUGAUUGACUUAUUAUCAAUCAAAUCUGUUAUAUAAAGAAAAAAUAUAAUGAUGGUCCUAAAAUAUAUUACAGAGAAAUGCACUCUAAAAUAAAAUUCAACUAAAAACAAAAUUUUGAAGCAAUUUAUUGAACAAAAUCACAACUAAUAUUGAGAGGUAAUGUUUUGAAGCCGCCACCGAGGAUAUUUGAGCCGAGGGACACUUGUCUGGAUACCUGAAGAAGCCAGCUAUAUGGGCAAAAUAUUGAUCAAUUCUGAAAACUAAAUCUGUGCACCUGGCGCCUGGUAAUAAUUGGUCUGGAUAGCCCGACUUACAUUUAGGUAAUAAAAUACCUUUUUUAAAAGUUUGUAUUAUCAAGUUUGCUAUUGAUAAGUACGAUCAGGAGGGGUGUACAAUUCCACAAGCCCGACAGCCCGCACUAGUAUAUUUUGUAAUCGGGCCAGUAAAUAUAUCUAUAUUGAUUACAGAAGUAUUGGUGUAGGUAGAUUGUUCCCCAAAUCUCCCUGUAGGCAAGUACAUAACAAAUGAGAUUGUAUGCCCCUGACGAUUGACUAUAGAUAAUCUUACUAAAAAAUUGAGGUAAAAUCAUUAGAAAGCUGGGCCCAGUGGUUUGAACCUGAACAGAUAUUAAAGGAAAGGGUUGCGGGUUCGAGUCACGUCACGGCACACCGACCCAAAUUCUCGAAAGGCGAUUUUUAAGAAAUAUCUGAAAGCUUACAAGUGUUUUUCUGGAUGAUAAUCUAAAAUCUCUUUAUAUGUAAUUUUAGUUCUGAUUCUCGAUAUGCUUUGUAAAUAUAUAUGUUUAUGUAUGCUGACUUGUCGUUGGAGUAAUUUGAGCUUGACCAAUUGGGACCAGUAGAAAAACUGAAGACACUUAAUGUGCAUCUUAUGAUAAAUAUUUGAUAUAAAUGUGAUUGUGUCACUCAAACUUACUCCAGCAAUGCGGUCUCUUUCCUUUCAAACAUAUCUUAUAAUACAAAGAGUUUCCAAUGGAAAUCUUCCAAAGUAAAGGGAGGUAAUUUGGUAGUGUCCCAUUAUGAAAGGUGUACAUAUGUAUAUUAUGAUGAAAGCAAUUGUUUAUUAAGUACUGAAUGGGAAGUUACUUUUAUGUCUCACAUAUAUUUGUCACUAUUUAAUGCAUAAGCUUAUGUUUGUGUGUCUAUAAAAAAAAAGUAUUUUGGAGAGAGAGAGAGACUUCAAAUAUUGUUAUAAAAUAUAUGUUCUUUUUGUUGUUUUUGUUGAUAAAAUAACCUCAUCUCCCCUUAUGGAUGAAUGGACUGAACCAUAAUUGAGAGACAGCAAAACCUAUUAUGCAAACUCAGGGAUGAGGGGUUAUUUGUGGAGAAAAAUGAACUUAGUUUUCAUUUUUUUAAUGUAUUUAACCCUUUCACCACUGUGGACCACAAUGGACUCAUCCAGAUAAAUGUAUGGCAGAGUCUAAAAAAGUUACUUAGGGGUGAAAGGGUUAAAAUAAGUAUUGCCAAUUUGUGCGUGCAUGUAAUUUCUUUCAAUUCACUUCUAACAGCUGUUUUCAAAAUUUUUUCUCCAAAGAUAGUUUUGAACAAUUUUUUAUUCAAAGCGUGUUUUUUUUCUUUCUUUUAGAUAUGAAAACUUUGCUGAUGAAGUGUCAUGGUAGUACUGACACGUUUGUAUAGAUGUAGAUAUCUGUUUUAGCUGAAGACAGAAUUAUAAUUUAACUUUGUAACACACAUCAUCAAGGUCGUCAUUUAUACUGAAGAAUUUGCUGCGUUGGAACAGGUCCAAUAAAGAUUGAAAAUUAAACAUUUUCCCGUAGAUAACUUUGUAUUAAACAUGAUAUAAAAACACAUAUGGCUGCUUAAAAUGAUGGUACAGCUGAUCAAAAAAAAUUAAAAGGACAUUUAGGCAUAGUAGAUAUAUUAGGCAUAGUAGAUAUAUAACUCUGCCAAUAUCUUCAAAUCAAAUAUUUCACUGUUCCCUCUCUUAUUGCAAACUUUUCAGGUUUUUGUUCACUGGUAGUACAUCUUCACCUGUAACAAAUAUUCAAUAAUGCCAGCUGCAUACCAACCAAUGUUCUAGGUCUCCAAAAGUUCUUUAUGAACAUGCUUUGUUUUUAAUUGUUUAAAAAAAAAUAGACCACUGUAUCUGUUUCAUGCAGAUUAAACUAAUUGAAGGUGAAAAUCUGUUGUUAAUAUAAUGAGUAAUUAUUUUAAAUACUAGGGCAGAAUCAAACAUGACAACACAGGAGUUUGCUUAAGAAGCAGUUUCAUAAUUUAUGGCGACCUACCCAAUGUUGAAAUAUCCCUUAAUAUGACGAUAGCACUGAACAUUAUUUAUUUGAUGGAAAACACAGAUGUCAUUGUAAAAAUCAUGUAUAAAGAACAUAUUGUUGAAUUCACUGGACGUUACAUCUGUAUAACCGUUUAAGGUUGUCUUUGCCUUAAUAGUUUUUGUUGCCAAUUUUUAGAUUUUAUUUUCAAAUUUAUUUAUUUGUAACUAUUAUUUAGAGAAUUUGUGUGUUGAUAACGUUCUGGUUCAGAAUGACAUGUAUAUAUAAAACGACAGGUAUUGUAAAAAUUGUAUAGAUUACAACACUUUGUUGCCCCCCACCCCCUACCCCUCACCCCUCCCCCUCCCAUUUAGACUGCUUUGUAGAUACACAGGUAUGUGUUUUAGUUUGUUGUACAGUUUUUAUAAACUGUAAUUCUCCAGGAUGAAACCUCACAGUUAGAGAAAAUUGUAGUAAUAGACCAUGAACCCCUUUUUUUCCAGAUUCAUUAGAUUUUAAUAAAUUCAUUUCCUAAAUAUGUUCAUCCAGAUGUUUUAAGAAUCAUUAGAGUCAAGGCCGUAUUUUCUUUAGAAAUGAAAUCGAAGAUCACAAUUGUACUUUCAAUAUUUGCUAAAUUGUAAAGAUAUUUUGUUUAGUUAUUUUUCCAUUCACAUCUAUGAAAAUAUAUUAGAAUAUUGAUGCAGAGCUUUUCAUAUCUGUGAUAAGCCUAGUACAUAAUAGAAAAGGUGUCAUACAGGUGCUCGGCUUACUUGUGAAUUUGACCAUAUUCAGAGGAAAAGCUUGUGUCCAGAAACCUUGAUACUCACUAAUGUGAUUGAAGGGUUUGUUACAGACCAUGGGCUUGGCUUAUCUAUACUUCUUCAAUUUGAUGCCCAUUUAGUGCUAAUACUGCGUGUGUGAUUUUCUCCGUAUCGUACCAUAAUCUUAACCAACUUAAAUCAGUUCUUGCUUACACUGUUAAAAGAUUUACUUAUUGUUCAAUACUAUAGAAAGACAAUCUUACGUACGGACAGGGGAUAGUUAUAUAUUUCGUACCAGCAAAGCUGUUUUGGGUCGUAGUUCCAUAAAAUGAAAUUAAUAUUCUGAAUGUACUCUUCCUUGCUUAAUAUUCCAUAAUUCAAUGCUCUCAGUUAACUGGAAAAAUACCCUGUGGCUAUUACAGGGAACUUAUAUUAGAGGCCCUGCUACUCUCCUUCUGGUCAUGUUCAGUCCUCUCGAGGAAACAUCACACUGUAGUACUUACCCGAUACAUUCUAGCUUGAUAGAUAAAUAGAUUUUUUGUUCGUUUAUUAUGUUAAAGAGUUACAAUGAACAGGGAAAUGCUCUAAUCAGGUGGAGAAUUAUGUAAAAGUGAAACUUAUCAUAUGUAGAAUUGUUUCAUAAAUAUUAUCAGAAAUUUAAAUAUUCUUUUCAAUUAGGAAAAUCCAUUUUAGUGUUUCUAGUUGGCUAAUUGCUACCCCUGGAAAGCUGUCCGCACUAGUAAAUGGAUGCAUCAAUCUCUGUUAUAACUUCUAACUCUCUUUAUUAGUUAAUGGCAAUUCGUAUCGUAAUUUGGUUUUAUAUGCAGUACACAAUGUUACCUAAUAAAGAGUAAGUGUUUUGUGCCAUCCUGAAACUUGACAGGUAUUUAUUUGAUAUGGAAUAAUAAUAAGAUAUUGGAAAAGAUUUGAAAAAUUUAUGUUAUUAAAUCAUGCAGAAAGUGUACUGUAAUCUUUUA